UCGCUUGAUUGACAUCUUUCGUUUGAAAGUUGUUGCUCAUAUCCGCAUUCAUUUGCUUUUUCCUUAAUAUCGUCGUUCUAUUCUAUCACUGGUGUCUGCUCCAAAAUGCUGGAGGAAAAUCGAAUGGUUUCAGUAAAUAUCAAAAUUUGGAAGUUCUUUGCAAUUAUAUAUCCAACAUCGGACAAACUGUGGCGUCUUUAUUCGAUUCAAUUCGUUACGAUUUUAUUGAAUUUUAUGCAAUUCAUGUUUCUGUUUGAAAUGUGGGGAAAUCUGGCUCCAUUCAUUUUGAAUGUAUUCUAUGUAUCGGCUACAUUCGAUUGCUUACUGCGUACAGGUGUUAUAGUUUACAAUCGUUCAAAAUUUGAGGCUUUCUUGGCGGAGUUUGACUCCAUGUAUUCGGAAAUCGAAGAAAAUGGUGAUGACUAUGCCAAAGGCAAAUUGAAGGAAGCCACCGAAUUUUGUCGGAAGUUUUCAUUAUUUAAUGUUUUGGCGUCGUUUCUAGAUCUUAUCGGAACCAUGUCACAUCCAAUUUUAACGGGAACCAGAACACAUCCUUUUGGUGUCGCCCUGCCGGGCAUUGAUUCGGCCGUCUCGCCGUACUAUGAGAUAUAUUUUAUAUUACAACUCCAUUGUCCGAUAACGCUAAGUGUUUUGUAUAUGCCUUUCGUUAGUAUCUUUGUGACAUUUUCUUCGUUUGGCAAAACGGCAUUACAGAUUUUACAACAUCGUCUAAAGGACAUUUUCGAAAUUUACGAUGACGACGAAACCCGUUUAGAGGCUUUAAAGGAAUGCGCACAUUAUUAUAAUCGUUUGACGAGAUUUAUCAAAGUAUUCGAUGAGAUGGUAACAUACGUUAUUCUUGGCGAAUUUUUACUAUUCGGUGCAAUCAUCUGCUCACUUCUUUUCUGCAUCAAUAUUAUCGAUACAAUGGCACAAUUCGUUUCAAUAAUAAUGUACGUUGGUACCAUGUUGUAUGUGCUAUUUGCCUGUUACUACAGUGCUAAUGAGAUGCUUGAGGAGAGCUUAAAGGUGUCUGAGGCAGCCUAUUCCAUACCAUGGUACGAGGGAACUCCACAGUUUCGCAAGACUUUGCUUUUGUUCAUACAAAGGACCCAGAAGCCGUUGUGCCUCACAGUUGGCAAUGUCUAUCCGAUGACUUUGCUUAUAUUUCAGUCAUUGUUGAAUAUGUCCUAUUCCUACUUUACCAUGUUGCGAGGUUUGAAUAUCCAAUAAAGAGUUGCAGUGGAGCUAAAAGAUAGUGGAACACCGAAAUUGCCACCUUUAGUAAAAAUCACACUUUCACCGUUUAAUAGAAAAAUGAAAUUUGCACUCAAGGGCGUUUUCUUGUUGAACUGCCAACGUCAAAGUUUUUUGUAGAAUGUUUUCAUUUGUUCGCCCGAAGCAGAAAAUCAAAGUCAGCAAUCACUGGCUUUAAAAUUAUUAAGACUAUCAUGCUUUCUUAAUAAUGUGAAGUAAAUUUUAUGAAUGAUGCUAAUAAACAUUUAAUAUAAUAGCA